AUGUCGCAGAUGUUGCACAUAGAGAUUCCCAACUUUGGGAACACUGUUCUGGGCUGCCUGAACGAGCAGCGGCUGCUGGGGCUCUACUGCGAUGUCUCCAUCGUGGUGAAGGGCCAAGCCUUCAAGGCACACCGGGCGGUCCUGGCGUUCAGUGGGAACAGCAAAAACGCCUUUGAGCUGCCGGGAACCGUCCCCCCCGCUUGCUUCCAGCAGAUCCUCUCCUUCUGCUACACCGGGAAGCUGACCAUGGCGGCGAGCGAGCAGCUGGUGGUGAUGUACACAGCGGGCUUCCUGCAGAUCCAGCACAUCGUGGAGAAAGGGACGGACUUGAUGUUCAAGGUCAGCUCUCCCCACUGUGACUCUCAGACCACCAUGAUCGAAGACCCCAGCUCGGAGCCGCAGAGCCCCUGCAACCAGCUCCA